ACACCGCAUGGACAACUGUGUGGCUGCCGACAACUUGAGCGCCUAUUUUUACACUCAAAUGGGGUGCCCCAAACUUCACGCUUCUCUUCAAAAUCUCCUCAUCCCAUUUUCUAGAUCUACUCCUCCUUGUCUGGUCUCUCCACCAGCAAUUAAAAAUCUUUGAUUGAGAUGUCUUCGAUGGUCUCAGGGCUGGAUUCGAACGGCAAAGAGGUAAAAUCUGUGAGCCCUAAUGUUGAAUCUGAUGUAUCUGAAAUCAAAUUGAGUAAUGGCAAUGUCUGUUCCAACAAUGUCACCACUCAAAAGCCCUUUAAGGUCUUUGUAGGCUACGAUCCGCGAGAAGACCUCGCUUACGAGGUCUGUCGCUACUCCAUUCUUAAGAGAUCUUCGAUCCCUGUGGAGGUUGUGCCGAUUAAACAAUGUGAAUUGAGGGAAAAGGGGUGGUAUUGGCGGGAGAGAGGGAAGCUUGAGAGCACUGAGUUUUCGUUUAGUAGGUUCUUGACGCCCUACUUGGCGGAUUACGAUGGUUGGGCAAUGUUUGUGGAUUGUGAUUUUCUCUACUUGAAUGACAUUAAGGAAUUGAGGGAUUUGGUUGAUGAUAAUUGUGCUAUAAUGUGUGUGCAACAUGAUUAUACUCCUAAAGAGACCACGAAGAUGGAUGGGGCGGUGCAAACCGUGUAUCCUAGGAAGAAUUGGUCUUCCAUGGUGUUGUAUAAUUGUGGGCAUCCCAAGAAUCGGGUGUUGACGCCCGAGGUUGUGAAUGCUGAAUCGGGUGCGUUUCUACAUAGGUUCCAGUGGCUUGAUGAUCAUGAGAUCGGGUCGAUUCCCUUUGUUUGGAAUUUUCUUGUGGGUCACAACAAGAUUGUUGAGAAUGAUCCAAGUACAUAUCCAAAGGCUAUACACUAUACACUUGGGGGACCGUGGUUUGAUGCUUGGAAGAACUGUGAGUUUGCAGAUUUGUGGGUGAAUGAAAUGGAGGAAUACAAGAAGAAGACAGAUAUAAAGUAGAUUUUUGGUAGCUGUAGCUGAUAAUAUAGUACCAUUUGCAAUGUGUGUAGUUAAAGCAAUUGUUUCGCUUACCAAUUGUUUCAUAUGUUUCUCAGAUAUGCUAUUUUGACAAAGCAGUUACCUUUCAGAAGUUAAAUAGGCAUUACAAGCAUAUGCUAUAUUGAUGAAAGAUUCAUGUGUUCAAUUUCAGUUCUUUCUUUUUCCAAGUGUAAUACCAUUUAUUUUGACAUUCAAGUACAAUACCAAAGUUUGUUAUCGAUAUUAAUCAAUAAGAAAAUAAUAGCCUCCUUUACUCUGUUUGUAUUA